CCCGUCUAAGCCGGCCCUGGCCCGUUCGUCCUUUUCCCCGCCGAGGAAGGAUGCUGGACUACACACAGUUCGAAGGGUCCCAGUAUGGAUAUAUGUACCCCAGUGAUGGCAUCUGUGAUUUGGAUUCUUGCAAGCAAGAACUCUCCUUUCCUUCCUGUCUUGUAGACCCUGAGAGCUCCCUGGGGUCUGCUUUUUCAGAGGGCUGCAUGAACUGGCCAGAGAUGCAGGAGCCAGGCUACAACACCACCUUUGAAGCAGGACAUUUGGCUCAGCUGCAGAAUGUCCAAGUCUCCUAUUUGCCUGGCUCUUACCUCCAGCUCUCCCCAGACUUGGUCUACAACCCAGAUGAAAUGACGCCCAUGCAGAACAUGUGUCUUGGGUCCAAGGAUGAGUUUAAUACUCAGAGCUGUUUCCAAUAUGAACCAUACUCUGUUCCUGGGCCCGCCUCCAUCCCGUCUUCCGAGGAAGAAGAAUUCCGUCCAGGCAGCCCAACUCUCGAGGUGUCUGACAGCGAUUCAGACGAAAAUCUCUUGCCUGGGUUUGAUCCAGGUUCCCGCCGAAAGCUGCGUCUGUACCAGUUCUUGCUAGAACUCCUGGAGCGUGGGGACAUGAAGGAGUGUGUGUGGUGGGUCCAGCGUGAUGCGGGCAUCUUCCAGUUCUCUUCAAAGCACAAGGAGAUCCUGGCACACCGCUGGGGGCAGCAGAAGGGGAACCGCAAGAAGAUGACCUAUCAGAAGAUGGCCCGGGCCCUACGCAACUACAGCAAGACAGGCGAGAUCCAGAAGGUGAAGAAGAAGCUCACAUACCAGUUUGGGACCUCACUUCUGGCCAAGGCAACUCCCUCCUAAGGGUCCUCUUUUUCAGGAUUUACAGGGACUUUAGACAAUCAAAUGAACAGAUCUCCACCCCCAAUUUGUGUUGUCCCCCUCAGAAUCUGCAAUUCUGCUUCCAGGUGGGAACUUCCCCAGAAUCUUCUGCGAAGGGAAGAUGGAUUCCAGGGGGUUGCAGCAAGGGGCCAUGUCCAAGGGUAAAUGGGUCUGAGCUUCAUGGGGGAAUUGGGGCUGCUGGAUUUUCUUGGGUGGGAAGGGAGGUAGCAUUAUAAAGCAAGGACAAGGUUGGGAAUUAGGGUUUCUGGGAUUCUUGGGAGGGGAUUAGGUUUUAUCUGGUUAAUGGGGGUUAGGAACAAGUCUAUCAACUGAAGACCACUGCAUAGUGGGUUGGGUUUUUUUUGCAGUGAGGGAGCAGAAAAAUAAGAUUUUCAAUAGGAAAUAGACUGUGCGGUUACCUUCUGAUGGUGAAGGGGCUCGCUCUAUGAGAUGCGGACUGGAGAUGGUGGCAUUGAGCGUGAAACAGAAGGAGUCCAGAAUGCGGAUGGGUCGGAAGGCUCCUGUGUUCCUGCAGGGCAAAUGAGUCUAAGAAUGGCGGGUUGAACAAGAAGGAUGUUUUGUGAGGAAAUAUGUGGGUUGCUGGAUCUUCUAGGAGGGUAAUGGGGCCAUUCAGGUUAUCUGAGGCAACAGUGCCUAUGAAAAUUCCUUCCUGGGACUUUUGUAUAUAGUUCAGAUGUUUAUUUAAUACUAGGGGUUUUUUUAUCUCCAGAGUUUGUACAAAUCUGAUUUAUUUUUUAAUGGAUCUUUUCUGUAUAAAUUGUAAA